GUAGCUCUAUGACUGAUGGGGUCGAGCGUCUAUGGGGCCACUGAGCGGAGGCUGGGUUUCUCUUGAGCUGGGUGGGCGAUUGGCUGGUGGACCGCAGUUCGUGGUUGGGUGGGAGCGACGUGAAGGGAUGGGUUUUCCCUGGUCUACGCAGACCGUGCUCUACCCUGCUGUUUCGAUGGUCCCGGUUGGCAUUUGGGCCCGCUGUGAAGUGGCUUGGGUGCUCAGGUAGCUCAUACGAGAGGGAUUGCCAACUGGAUAAGAGCGGCGUGGCGGUCUCGACCAUUGGUCAAAGGCCAUGUGACCUAGCCGCCCGCAGCUGCAGCCGCCUCCUCUCCUCUUCCUCGUUCUCCUGCCGCCGCCGCCUCCUCCUCUCCUCUCCCCGAAUUCUCCUACCUCAGUCGUCGUUGUCGCCGCCGCCGCCGUCGACCUAGACGUCACCGGCUGAGACCGCUGUGGUAUGGAUAAGGAGACGAGAGGAAGAGGACAUCCUUCCCUGACAGCGCCCUGACCUGCCAGGUCUUCCUCCUCGUCGGCCUAGGUCUGGUUCUGCUGGAUUAGAUGGACAGAAGUGGUGGAUCCGAUGGUUGCCGAAAUCCCUCAUCGUCGGAGGAAGGCGUGCGACCGACAAAGAAAUAGGCUGAUGGAGCAGGAUGGGGUGGCGGUUCAAGUUCGGCGGCCUUCGCGUGUUGUGGUUGGCGGCGCUCCACUUCCCUUCUCCCCUGCCCAGUACGGUGGUCUGCAGAUUAUCCUUCAAAGGAGGCCACAAAGAGCAGCGAUGGCUUCUUGGUAAUCUGCAAUUGGCCACAAAGGAUGAGGUACAUGGAGAUUGCCAGCUACCUUCCAUUGGUGUAUAUGCAAGCUACAGAGAAAACCAAAUAUGCACCAUGCCGAUAUGCUUCAUGACGAGUGUGCUUUUGUCAUCCCUCACCCUCUCAGUUGCUGACCAUGUGAUUAUGGUAGUCUACAAUUUGCUUAUGGGUUCUUCAUUGCUUGAUUUUUAUCUCGGACAAAAGAGGGCCAGCCACACCUUUGAAAUAAGCAGCGGCCAUCCAGUCCAGAACAGACUGAAUCUGCUCGACAAAGUGUGAAAAUGCAAUUACUGCUUGGAAAAGUGUAAAAAGGCCAGGGUAUCAUUUAUGUAGUUAUUUGGAAUGCAAGGUUAGGAAAUCCAAGAAAUAAGAUGAGAAGAGGAAUCUAGCAAAGGAAGGUGAAUCUUUUCUCUUGUGAAUACAACAAGGUUUGUUCCUGCUAGCGAGCAACACAGAUCUCAUGCAUGUACUGAUUGAUGCCUUGGUUAUAUUAAUCUAUAAAGAUAAUUUCAGCCUUCCAUGUAUUUGAACAUUUAUUGUGUUGCAGAUGAACUCUACCAUGCUUACUGAUAUACUCCUGCGUAUAUGUAUGUUGUACUAGAAGUUCCUAUUUUUUAACUAUUGCGUACCAGAAAAUUGAAUUGGCAAUGUCUACAUAAAUAUGAUGUAUUAAAUUAUGUUUUGAGAGGGAUUUGUUCAUUUUCAAAACUAAGGAAGUUGGAUGAGCUUAAAGCACCCAUUCAUCAGUUCACUGAACUUUUCAAGUUCUAUUUUAAGUCCACAAGAGGGCAAAAUCAUUGCUCUUUCCCAGAUUAUCUAAAUCAGAUGAGCGGGCUCCAAACUCCAAGUGCCAUUUGCCGUUUUUGUGUUUUGAUUUUUACUUGAGUGCCUUUGGACCGAUGGUAGUAUGGAGAGGUGACAUUAGCAUGGUUGAUGGUUGCUUCUCUCUUGUAGAGUACAUCUCCUUCUUCUAUAUUCCAAUAUAUCAAUAAAACAAGAGAUCUAUAAUAUCAUUGUUUAUGGAGUUCACAGAUUAUUGAAGAUUUUUGCUGCCAUGGAAUUGUGAGUUUGUGACUAUACAUUCUUGUGUCUUGAAGAUGUAUUGUCUCUGUAUGUGAAUGUCAAUAUCCAGGUAUGUAAGCAAGUCCUAACUUUUAUUCACAUAUUUAUCUAUGAAAUGCAUGCAAGCAAAUCACAUCUUACAGACAAAUUCCCCCUUAUAGGUAAAUGUGAUGAUUCAUAAAUUAACCAGUUGGAGAUAUGUAGAUAGUCAGGUGUACUGAUAACUGGAGUUUAGUGCUCAAAAUCCUUCUACCUUUUCUACUGACUGUAUUUUCGUGACGUCUUUAAGAGAAGAAUGAGUACUAUUAGUCAUUCUCUAUCAUGUAUAAUAGUACAAUACUGGAGAUGUGAAUGGAUAAUGUUCAUUUAGUAUAGUAUUAGUAGAUGAUGUUUUUUUUCUUCAGUCAACUCGUGUAUUUCCUGAUAUGUUCAGUCUAUUCCCAAAUUAGUUCGUAAAGUAGCCUUAACAAUUAUACAGUCUCUUUGUGUAUUAGUACUCUGUUUUCUUUGGUUUUGGUCAGCUGGAAGAAUCAGUUUGUCAUAACAUGUGAAAAUGAUUUUAUUUACUUACGCUGUUGCUUUUAUCAGUUAGCAAAGAUGUUUGUCAAAUGUAGUAAGUUAGGCAUCGCAGUGAAGCUUAGCAAAGGGACUUCUGGUGAGGCCUACAAGGCUGGAAGCACUGUAUGUAAGUUUCUUGGUAGAUAAUAAGCAGUGGCAGAUGAACCAAUAAGUUAUCUGUGCCCAUGCUUUAUUGUAAGCGUUAAAUUUGCUCUCUGGUAUUACUUUCAAUGUGUUAUCCAUACCCAUGCUUUUUGCGGUUAAUUAUCAUGUCUUAUCAACUUAUGCAGAGUCCAUGAUAUCAUACAGUUUGAAGUCAAAAAAUUCAUGAUAUGGGUGAUAUGGAAAAGUCAUUGCCUUCUUUGCUGGAACAUUCCCUGAUUGCCUGGACUUCUUGGGUCAAUCGCUGGACGCCACCCCCGUCUCCUGGACGUCAUGACGCCGCCGAUUUCCUUGACGCCGCGUGCCACCGAUCUUCUAUAACUCAAUUUCUCCAAUUUCUCUCGGCUGUGAGCUCAUAUAUAUUUUUGAGUUGUGAACAUAUUAUGUAAACUCAACACUUUGUUUUGUGACAAGUGAACUCAUUUCAUAUUCAUCUAUCAAUCAUGGUUGAAGUGUCUA